AUGCCAAUAAAAAUUGAAACGAAACUGUAGAUGGCAAUUUUUCAAAGGAAAUAAGCGCAAAAACUUGUCCGCAGAAAGUCACUGACUAUUAUAGAGUUGUGAACUGGAACAACCGUCAGAAUAAAUGGCUGCAUCUGACUCAGUGCAAUUUUCCCAAGCCGGCAAAUGAUGGACUUGUCGAUCUUUUGAUUGGCAUUGAUAACACUGAACUCCAUUAUUCGCACGUUGAUCUCCGUGGAGCUGUAUUGGUGCGCCUGACGAAAACGAGACCGCGAGAACACGAUCUCACGUUAUCCGUUCCUUGUCCACUAGAGAACUUAUUUGGAGCGAGGGAAAAGAAUCCUGUUGUGACGUUGACAACAGCUUGAAGAGAUUCUGGGAAAUCGAGAAGUCUGGCACAGACCACGAUGGCCGACUCGUAUUCACCGAAGAAGAAAGACUAGCCUUAGGCAAAGUGAAAGCUUUCCUCAAUUACGAAAAUGGAAGAUAUCAUGUAGCCGUCCCUUGGAAAGAAAACAAACCCGAUCUCCCUGACACUAAACAUGGCACUCUCUCGCCUCCGAAGCACCGAAAGAAAUCUGAAGAA